AUGCCACUAAAUUAUAUUAUAGAACACAUGGAAGAUGACUUGCACGACUGGUGCCUUUUGGAAUAUUGCCAUUUGACAAAAUCCAUCUCCCCGUCAAAUCUAUACUUUACAAAUUUAUCGGAAAUCGCGAAAGCAACACUUUCCAAUAAAGAGAUUCUUCGAGAGGCAAAUUUCAUUACGGCCGACAUUGUCGACAGUGGAUUGCCGAUGGACAAAAUUUGUCUCUUGGAUCCCUCUUCCAAGCAGACAUUGAAACCCGAGGAUGGAAAUACAUUUGAUUAUUAUUUAUUUGGUGGAAUUUUGGGUGAUGACCCCCCGAGAGAUCGAACGAGCGAAUUGAGAAAACAUGGAUUUCAGACAAGGAACCUUGGCGAUUUGCAGAUGACAACCGACACCGCCAUAAAUGUUACGAAAAGAAUCGUGGAGGACAAAGUUGCAAUCGACGAGAUUCCCUUUAUUGAUUACCCCGAGAUAAAGAUGAACAACAACGAAUCAGUGAUCAUGCCAUUUAGAUACGUGGCCAUUCCAAGUUCAACAAAAUCGACACUACAAACCACCAAUAAUGAACUAAAACACAACCUCGUACCAUUGCUGCCCGAAGGAAUGAUUGAAUUAUUGAAAAAGGAUGCUGACAUGAAAUUCGAAUUUUGA